AUGGGAGGUUGCUUUUCACGUCAUCGCAACUGUGCUUCUGGCGACGGUGUUGGAGGAAGUGUGCUUGAACGCGUCGAUGCCACGAAGUUUAGUGCUGCUCCGCAAACGGUCUAUCUGGUGAAUAACGCUAGCGAUCGCGAAGCUCACCUGGUAGAACAUGCGACACCGGCACAGAAGGAAAUUCUGGUCGCUCUGUAUGCAUAUGACUCGCGAGCAGAUGGCGACCUCAGUUUUAAGAAAGGCGAUAUCAUGUAUUUACUAGAUCAGAGUAACUGCGACUGGUGGUACGUGCGUCAUCAGCGUACAGGAAAUACUGGAUAUGUGCCGAGAAAUUUCGUAGCAAAGCAACAAACCAUAGAAAGUGAAGAAUGGUAUGCUGGGAAGAUCCCGCGAAAUCGUGCUGAGCGACUCGUUUUAGCUAACAAUUUGCCAAAAGGAACCUUUCUAAUACGUGAGAGAGAAGCAGAUGGCCGAGAGUUUGCAUUGACAAUCAGAGAUUCCGAUGAUAUUCGAGGAGGUUCUGUAAAACAUUAUAAGAUUAAGCGUCUUGAUCAUGAUCAGGGGUUUUUCAUCACGACACGCAGAACUUUUCGCACGCUGCAGGAGCUUGUUGCUUACUAUUCCGAAAUGGCUGACGGUUUAUGUUGUCAGCUAACAUUCCCAGCUCCAAGAAUCGCACCAACGCGCCCAGAUCUUAGCCAUGAUACUCAGCAGAAUUGGGAAAUUCCUAGAAAUCAGCUGCAGUUGAAGAGAAAGUUAGGAGACGGGAACUUUGGCGAGGUGUGGUACGGAAAAUGGCGUGGAAUCGUUGAGGAGCCCUUUUAUAUUAUCACGGAAUACAUGUGUAACGGAUCCCUCCUACACUAUUUGAGAAAUGAAGGAGCUUCUCUUGGAAUACAAGCGCUUGUAGAUAUGGCCGCUCAGAUUGCGAAUGGCAUGAUGUACCUGGAGGAACGAAAAUUAGUGCAUCGUGACUUGGCCGCUAGAAAUGUUCUCGUUGGAGAGAAGAUUAGUGGUGUCCCAGUCGUUAAGGUGGCCGAUUUUGGACUUGCACGAAAACUAAUGGAAGAAGACAUAUAUGAAGCUCGAACAGGAGCUAAAUUCCCUAUCAAAUGGACAGCGCCGGAGGCAGCAACAUGCGGUAAUUUCACCGUUAAGAGUGACGUGUGGUCGUACGGAAUACUACUUUAUGAGCUUAUGACAAAGGGACAAGUUCCGUAUCCAGGCAUGCAUAACAGAGAAGUGGUGGAGCAAGUGGAGAUCGGAUAUCGUAUGCCAAUGCCGCGAGGCUGUCCUGAGCAAAUUUAUAAUGAGGUGAUGUUGAAGUGCUGGGAUAAAAUACCGGAACGACGACCGACUUUCGAUCAUCUUUUCCACUUCUUUGAUGAUUAUUUCGUGUCAUCUCAGCCGAACUAUGUCCCACCUAGUGUUUAG